CGUUCAAAGGUAAGAGAGACAACAACAACAGUUCUGGUCAUCUUCUCAAGUCUCAGCUGUCCCAUUUUAUUGCCGAGUCCAUUGCAUCGUUUAUAAAGACUUCGCAGACUUCUCUCUCUUCAGUCUCUGUUGGAAUUUAUGGUUAGAGGUGGUGGACUCUCCAUGGAUUCAGAUCCAAUUGGGAGCUUCUUCCUCCACAAUAAGCCAAUUGUUCUCAACUCUUUCCCUACAGAAGACACAAACCACCCCAAGUGGAAACUUAGUAAUAACAUGGACGCCACCAAACCCUCUUCUUCACCCUUCCAAGUCAACCUUAGCUCUUCCUCAAACAACCAUGCCUCCAAUUCUCCUCCUUCUCACAACCACAUGAGAACCGAGAUGGACUUCUUCUCCGACAAAAACAUCCUCAAAGAUGACAACGUUCUCGCUUCUGCUUCUGUACCUGACAAUGAUCAUCAUCGUUCCACCACUCCACCGACGUUGGAAUUCAAAGUAAACACUGGUCUGAAUCUUCUUACUACCAACACUAGCAGCGAUCAAUCUAUGGUGGAUGAUGAGAUAUCACCGAAUUCAGAAGACAAAAGAACUAAGAAUGAGCUGGCUGUUCUUCAAGCUGAGCUUGAAAGAAUGAAGAGGGAGAAUCAAAAGCUGAGGGACAUGCUUGAUCAGGUUAACGCGGAUUACAAUGCACUUCAGAUUCAUUUUAUGGAUUUGAUGCAGCAGCAGAAGGCUGAGGAAGUUGGAGAACAAGAAGUGUUUGGUGGAAAGCUAGAAGAGAAGAAGCAAGGUGAGAGUGGUGGAGUAUUGGUGCCAAGGCAGUUUAUGGAUCUUGGGUUGGCUACUAAUGCUGACACUGAUGAGCCUUCGUCUUCAUCAGGGGGAAGAAGUCAAGAUAGAUCAGGAUCAUCUGGGAAUAACAACAUAGAAGUGGCUUCCAAGGAAUUAGGGACUAGUAAGAAUGAUGAAGGAGUUGUGUAUGAACAAGAGAAGAAGGAAUAUGGUAGAGUGAAUGAAAGAGAGGAUAGUCCCUCAGGUCAUGCUUUUGCUGGUGAUAAUAAAAUUCCAAGGCUCAGUCCUCCAAAGAAUAAUAAUAAUGUUGAUCAGGCUGAGGCUACCAUGAGGAAGGCAAGAGUUUCUGUUAGAGCUCGAUCUGAGGCACCCAUGAUCACUGAUGGGUGCCAGUGGAGAAAGUAUGGGCAGAAGAUGGCCAAAGGAAACCCAUGUCCUAGAGCUUAUUAUAGGUGUACUAUGGCUGCUGGUUGUCCAGUUAGAAAACAGGUGCAAAGGUGUGCUGAAGAUAGAACAGUCCUUAUCACAACCUAUGAAGGCAACCACAACCACCCUUUGCCUCCAGCAGCUAUGGCAAUGGCACAGACCACUUCCUCAGCAGCAAGAAUGCUGCUUUCAGGGUCAAUGUCAAGUGCUGACAGCCUAAUGAAUGCAAACUUCCUCACAAGGACACUCCUUCCUUGCUCUUCAAGCAUGGCUACUAUCUCAGCAUCUGCUCCAUUUCCAACUGUCACAUUGGACCUAACUCAAUCUCCAAACCCUCUACAGUUCCCAAGGCAUCCAAACCAGCUUCAAAUUCCCCUCCAAGGCCUCCCUCAGAAUUUUGCAAGCUCCUCAGCAUCUUUAAUGCCUCAGAUAUUUGGACAAGCCCUUUACAACCAAUCAAAGUUUUCUGGUCUUCAAAUGUCACAUGAUGCAGACCCUUCACAGUUUGGUGGCCACUCUCAGCAGGUUCCACCACACCUUGCUGACACAGUUGGUGCUGCCAUUGCUGCUGACCCAAACUUCACUGCAGCUUUGGCAGCUGCUAUCACUUCCAUUAUUGGUGGUGCUCAGCAACAACACAACAGUAAUAAUAAUAAUAAUAAUAAUAACAAUAAUGUCAACAUGACAGCAAGCAACAACAAUGGCAAUGGCAACAUCUCAAGUAGUAGCAACAACAACACCAAUGCAAGGCAAUAAAAUCAGCAAUUCCAACAGUUCUCCGAGGGAAUUAGUUGCCUUUCUAUUUUUUACGAAAUUAAUUUGAUUAAAUUAAGUUGAUUUUAUGUCUUUUUUCUUAAUUAAUUUGUUCAUUUGCUUUUGAAUCUUGGGAUUCAGGAAAGUUUUACUAUUUGACAUAGACAAUUUUUUAUUUGGUUAUAGACUUAAUAUAUAUCAGCUGUUAUCCCUCAGUAGUUCGCUGAAAACUGUAUACAAAAACAACGAAAAAUUUACACAUAAAA